AUGGAUGUAGAUGGUAUCCAAUUAAUGCUGGACUAUGGUGAGAGUGUUUUUAAGAGUAUCAAAGAGGCAUGCCCUGGUGUUAUUUUCUGCCAACAAAAGGGAGCCUAUCUUGAUAAGAAACCAGAAAAUCCUCCCAUUUUCCUUGUCAGCUUGAAGGAUGGUCGUAUUCAGAAUGAACGGCUAUUUUUUCGGACGAAAGAAGAUGAACAAGCCAUUAAUUUGAAACUCAACUGUAGAGAACACUUAACAUUAUCCUCAUCAUCUGUUCGUCUUCAGAUAAGGAAGGUGCAAGAUGAGAAAGAUGUUGGAGACACUGCUCUCAUUCGGUUUGGAACUGAAACAGCAGACUCUACGAGAAAACCAACUUACCAGGCUGUUUGUGAGGGCUUGAUUCUCAGUAAGUUUUCAUGUUGUGGUGUGUAUGGAUUUUAAAAUAAUAGUUCUUACCACUCACCAUUUUCAUAGUAAGGUCCAAGUCACACUGGAGCACAGAGUGUUUAAUUUGUUAACAAAUAUUUUACUCUCAGGGAAUUGCAGAUAUUUUGUUUUCUCUAUGGAUGAGAGAUGUUAAGAAGCUCUUGCUGGUUAGGCUUUGGGCUGAAAAGCAUGAUCAGUUAUAAGAAGUCAUGAAUCAAGAAAUACUUGGACUUAAGGUGGCUUGAUACAGUUUUUCAGGGUCAAUACCUCCCAAGUUUGAGCAUAAACUACGUCGUCAUAAACAAAGAUUUGUAAAAACUGCCACCACAGUUGUAUUAGAUAAAGAAAAGAAUUUGUCAUGAUCAGGGUUGCAACGACAUCGGAUUUGUCAUGGCAACAAAAUGACGCUAUUACUUAUUUUACUUGCAGCAGUAUGUCUCAGCACUGGGAACUGUUCUUCCAAAAUCGUUCACACAAGCUUUUUCCUCCAAUAGCGGCCUCGAUGUUCGUGUAAGCAAAACCUGUAAGAGCGUUAUCGACAUAUGGCUAGAAACACAGUAAAGAGUGGACAAUCUUGAUGUUUGGCAGUUAUAUGUAGAAAGCGAAGCGUUUUUGACAUGCAAUUUCACCUCAUAGUUAGUUUCAAUCUUUUUAAAAACAUGUGUGAAAGGUCAUGGAGAUAGCUCCAGCUGAUUGUUAUAAAGAAGGGUUUGAUUAGUAUGUAUCAAAGCACUUUUAAUUUUUUAACUGCACCUGGAAUCAAAUUCUUUCAGAAACAAACUACAGGAAAUAAUUGCACAGUAUGCAUCACUGACCGUCUUUAAAUGUUAGACUCAGAGCGACAGAAAUUAGAUUGCUUAGACAAAAGAAGGAAAACCUCCCCCUGAUGUUGUUUAUUGAAAGCUAACUCAAAGGUCACGUUUCACAUUAUCACGAACUUAUGGGUCGUGUCUUAGCCUGUCAGCACUUUUUAGUUCAUAGUUACGUGGUCGGCAGUCAAUUAAGGGUGGAAAGAGCUCUGUAAGGGAAUGUUUACAGGCAUUCUCUCCCCCUUUCUCCCUCUAGUCUAGUUCCCCUCAUUUUUUCUUUCUUCAUGAAUUUUUCUCCCAUGCGCUACUAUCUGAACGCCUGGAACAGGCUGAAAGCCUUGUGAAUAAAAACACAUUAAAAUCACAUCAGGCUUUUAGCCAGACAUUGAGAACGGGCCGUCCAGAAGGUAUGUUUUCCCAUAAAAUAAGAAGAGAUUAAGUGAAUUGUCUGUGUAUUUCUUGGGCGUCCGUAGGGCAUCUGUAGGAUGGCUGGAUACCCUUCUGGCUAAAACUUUGAAUCACAUUCACAAAACAUUAUUGAAAUCUCAUUCAGGUUCAGGGGUGAAAAAAUUAAUAUUACUUGUUUUUGCUUUUCACUUUAAUUUACCACUGAAGACUUACUUUCAACAUUUUUAGAGAUAGUUUUGUAUAUGGUUUAUUAUAAUAAUAUUAAUUUCUUGCUGUUUUAAUUUUUUUUUUCUUUGUCAGAAUUCAAGCCACAGGUUAUUUCUAUUGAUGAAGAACCUGUAAAAAUUAAGAAUGGGGAAGGAAAGGCCAUACUUGUGCCUGGCAAUGUCAAGUUUGACACAGGUAAUGAUGCAGGCACAGCAAUAUCUCUUCGUCUUUUGGAAAAACUAGAUCUGGAACCAGAUCGAAGCAAAAAGUACUCUGUGGAAGGAGUAGGAGGUGUUAUGGAAUGUUUCAGGGUAGAGAUUUCUCUUCGUAUUAGAAGACGCGUGUUCAAAGUCUCUGCAUUAGUUGGUUCUGUUGCAGGUGACACCGAUCUCUUGAUUGGCAAUGACAUAAUGACGAAGCUUGAUAAGUUAAACUUCUCUUUUGGACAGUAA